GGACGCCCGGUGUCGGAGGUCACGGCGGCGUUGGCGGUGGCGUUUUUUUCUACCCGGAAACCGCGGCUGCCGGACCCGGAGACGAGUCUGUGUCGCCACGGCGUGAGCCGGACUGGCCUCUGGGCCUCGCCUGGGCCCCGCGGAGCCCGACGCCGCCCCCGGCGCGGCGGGGAGGAUGGUGCCGAGCGGCCCCGGGCCCGCCGCGCGCCGCCGCCAGUGAGCUCUGAGCGGCCGCGGGCGUCCGCCGACCAGCUGGCCCGGCUGGGCCCGGGGCGCGCCGCUGCCCACCGGGGCGGGGUGGAGCUGAUGGGAAUAAUGUUCAGCAUCAACCCCCUGGAGAACCUGAAGCUGUACAUCAGCAGCCGGCCUCCCCUCGUGGUCUUCAUGAUCAGUGUCAGCGCCAUGGCGAUAGCUUUCCUGACCUUGGGCUAUUUCUUCAAAAUCAAGGAGAUUAAGUCACCGGAAAUGGCGGAGGACUGGAAUACGUUUCUGCUGCGGUUCAACGAUCUGGACUUGUGUGUAUCCGAGAACGAAACACUGAAGCACCUCACAAACGACACCACAACCCCGGAGAGCACGGCGGCCAGCGGGCAGGCCAGAGCGUCCACCCAGUCCCCGCAGGCCCUGGAGGACGCGGGCCCACUGAACAUCUCAGUGGCCAUCACGCUGACCUUGGACCCGCUGAAGCCCUUCGGAGGGUACUCCCGCAAUGUCACCCAUCUGUGCUCGACCAUUCUGGGCCAUCAGAUUGGACUUUCAGGCAGGGAAGCCCACGAGGAGAUCAACAUUACCUUUACCCUGCCUACAGCUUGGAGUUCGGACGACUGUGCCCUUCACGGUCACUGCGAGCAGGUGGUGUUCACCACGUGCAUGACCCUCACAGCCAACCCUGGGGUGUUCCCCGUCACCGUACAGCCACCACACUGUGUUCCCGACACGUACAGCAACGCCACGCUCUGGUACAAGAUCUUCACGACCGCGAGAGACGCCAACACAAAAUAUGCUCAGGAUUACAACCCUUUCUGGUGUUACAAGGGGGCCAUUGGAAAAGUCUAUCAUGCUUUGAAUCCCAAGCUUACAGUUAUUGUUCCAGACGACGACCGUUCAUUAAUAAAUUUGCAUCUCAUGCACACCAGCUACUUCCUCUUCGUGAUGGUGAUAACCAUGUUUUGCUACGCGGUCAUCAAAGGCAGACCCAGCAAGUUGCGUCAGAGCAAUCCCGACUUCUGUCCCGAAAAGGUGGCUUUGGCCGAUGCCUAACCCCACAACUGCCCGUUCUCUGAGAGAGACUGAGAGAACCAUAAUCAUUGCCUGCUGAACCCAGCCUGGGCCUGGACACUCUGUGAAUAUAUUAUCUCGCAAUGUUGGGUUAUUCCAGCCAAAGACAUUUCAAGUGCCUGUAACUGAUUUGUAUAUAUUUAUAAAAUCUAUUCAGAAAUUGGUCCAAUGAUGCACGUGCUUCGCACUGGGUGCAGCCGAAAGCCUUCAGCCCCACCGCGGACUUGGUGGGAUGCGCCUGCGCCGCCGGGGAGGACGGGGAGCUCGCUGCGGCGGAGCGGACCGUGCCGUCUUCCCCGCGGUCACGGGCGUUUCAUGGCUGGCGGGGUUGAGGUUUGCUUCGGUCCUUGUCUCAGCCCGUAUGUACAGAAUGUUCGAAACCGUCUGCACCUUCGAUGUGAUACUGCAUUUCCAAAGCCACCAAUCCAUUUUGUGGAUUUUACUUGUCUGUGGCUUAAUAAUCAUGGUGACAACAAUAAUCCCUUUUUCUCCGUUUUGCUUGCAAGGAAACAUGCCUGUCUUUCUUAUUUCUUGUUUUGUUUUUUUUUCCUUUGAAAAGAAAA